UGCCCGCGGGUCCCUUCCUCGGGCGGGCGCAGGGCCCGGCUGCCAGCGCCGCCCGCCCCGCGCCCGGCGCCCCGCGCCCCGCGCUCCCCCAGCCUCGCCUUCCCGGCGCCGCGGCGCAUCUGGAGCUGCUCCCGCGCCCCCCUGGCGACCGGCGCGGGGAAGGCACUGGCUUCGCCCGAGCCCGGGGCCGGCAUCUCGCUGGGGUGGGCAGCGUCGCCGCAGACCCCAGGGACGCAGGACCCGGGCGAGCGGGGGUCGCCACCGCCACCCGGGCGCCCAGCCCGGGCCGUGCCCAGCGCGGGAUCCCUGCGGCGGAGACAGGCCCGCGCUCCACCCGCAGCCGCGGGUCCCUGGGGGCACUGGCACCUGCAAAGGGGACUCCAAGGAAUGUAAUCCAGGAUGCUGGCCCUGCGGUUGCUGAACGUGGUGGCCCCCGCCUACUUCCUGUGCAUCUCCCUGGUGACCUUCGUGCUGCAGCUCUUUCUCUUCCUGCCCAGCAUGCGCCAGGACCCCGCGGCCGCCCGCCUCUUCUCGCCUGCGCUGCUCCACGGGGCGCUCUUCCUCUUCCUCUCCACCAAUGCCUUGGGCAAUUACGUCCUGGUCAUCCAGAACUCCCCGGACGACCUGGACGCCUGCCGCAGGGCUCCGUGCCCCGCGCCCAGCACCCACUUCUGCCGAGUGUGCGGCCGAGUGACCCUGAGACAUGACCACCACUGCUUCUUCACCGGGAACUGCAUUGGCAGCAGGAACAUGCGCAACUUCGUCCUCUUCUGCCUCUACACCUCCCUGGCCUGUCUCUACUCCAUGGUGGCCGGUGUGGCCUACAUCUCUGCGGUCCUGUCCAUCUCCUUCGCCAACCCCCUGGCCUUCCUCACGCUCCUUCCCACCGCCAUCAGUCAGUUCUUAUCUGGCGCUGUCCUCGGUUCUGAAAUGUUCGUCAUCCUCAUGCUCUACCUCUGGUUUGCCAUCGGCCUGGCCUGCGCCGGCUUCUGCUGCCACCAGCUGCUGCUGAUCCUCCGCGGCCAGACGCGGCACCAGCUGCGGAAGGGGCUGGCCGUGCGCGCCCGGCCCUGGCGCAAGAACUUGCAGGAGGUCUUCGGCAAGAGGUGGCUGCUGGGGCUGUUGGUGCCCACGUUCAACGUCGGCGGGGAGAGUGCCAAGCAGAGGGACAAGUAA